AUGCCUCUGGAUUUGGACAUGAUGAAUUCCCUCCCAAACUUCCCCGUCAAGUCCCCCAAGUCCUUCGCCGAGGCAACCAGUAUACAGCCGAUCUCUGACGACCUAUUCACCUAUGCCGCAACGCUAUAUCCAGAUUGGUGUUUUGCCCUCAUCCCCCAUGGCGGCUAUAUGACAUCCAUCAUCGUCCGAGCCCUCGGAAUGCAUUGCAAACGGCAUUACCCAGACCUCUGCCUUCCAGAUACGUUGUCUUGCCACGUGAGUUUCCUCUCACAUGCGACUUUGGGAGAUGCAUAUGUCAGGAUCACUCCACUCAAAAUCAGCAAGCAGGGAAGGACGGGGACAUUUCGAGCCUCAUUAUAUCAAAAAGUCCAACUCAACAAAAAUCCUGAUUCAAAUCCUGACCGGCAACAUGAGGUUGCUGAGGAGCAGCGCAUUGAAGCCCACGCCAUACAAGGCCAGCUUCUGUCUAACCCUUCCGGCGGACUCGGACUCAUCCUGCCCCCGGCAACUCGGUUCUCAUCUUCAUCGCCACCGCCCAGAUUCCCGUUAACACGCGAGAACUGGAUCCCAGUAUCCUUCGCCGCAAUUCUCGGGGGGACAUCAUUCUACAAACACAAAUCGCACAGCUGUCUCGUUCCGCCGGGUACAAAUCUCUCCGCUCCAUUCACCACACACCCCGUGCAUGGCGCGAGUGUGCGAGAGAUAUGGGUUAAGGCCGGCGAACACAAGUGGUCGCCGCGCAGUCUGCCGCUGCUGAUUGAUUUGUUACCUGUGCCGGUGAUGAGUUAUCCGGAAGGACUCCAGUAUUGGCCGACGACAAGGGAGAUAAGUUGGGAAACAAGAUGUAACCCUCCUCGUCCUGCUCACUCAGAGACGGGUGCAAAAGAAGGCGAAGGCGAGGAGGAGGGAUGGGAAUGGCUGCACGCGGUCUCUGAACUCAGAGAAUGUGAUGGCGACGGAAGGUUUAUGCUCGAAAUCACCCUGCGAGAGGAAUCGGGCCGGACCGUCUGCGUGGCAAGAUUCGGAUGUGUGGCCACCAAGGUCGAUAAACUGAAGGGGAUGAAGAGCACCAGCAAAGGACAAAGUAAGAAUCGGCUGUAG